AUGAUGAAUGUUUCAAAAUGCAGCAAAUGCUUAAAUGUCCCAGAUGAUAUCCUAAUGUUAACAUGUAGUCAUGAUUUAUGUUUACUGUGUGCAGCCAAGUCAUUUUCACAACAACCUUCCAAAAGAAGCAAAAAGGUAAAACAUCCUUUGAUUAUUGAACAGUUCUUUGUUUGCGACAUCUGUUCCUCCAAUACCGAAUUAGAUGCCAAUAGUGUUUACGAAUUAGAAAAACUACAUUUAACCACAGCUUUGUAAGAUAGAUCGAAUCGCAAACCUGCCUCAUAGUCUAAAUCCAAUAUAACAUCCGAGAAACAAUUGAAGCCUCGUUCGCAAAACAGACAGGAAAACAAAGAGAAUGCAAAAGAAAAACCCAUUAAAUACACUGCUCAAACUAUGGAGGCUAGAGUGUCUGUGCAUCAAUCUCAAAGGAACAUGAGUAAGUAACAGAGUGAAAAUUCCUUCAUCUAAAACUCAAGAGGAAUGUGUAUUGAUCACCCUGAAGAGGAAGUGUCUUACUAUUGUUUUGAUUGCAAUAGCAAAUGUAUUUGUCCAGAAUGUAUUAUCCAUGGAAUUCACAAGAAUCAUGAAGUCAAAACAAUCAAGAAAUCGUAUCCAAUUGUCAGGAAAUAGUUAGAAGACCAAUUGGAAUAAAAUAAUCAAUGUAUUAUCCAAGUAGAAAACCAAAAGCAGGAAUUAGAAAAGAAAUAGAUUUAAUAACAAGCCAUUUAAGAUCAUUUGAGGUUGUAAAUUGCUCAGGAAUUUUAAGCUUUACAUCAACUAUUGAAUAGUAAAUAAAGUGAACUAUUAGAAAAAGUAGACAAUUAACCCACUAUUAUGGAACAAUAGGAUGGAUAUAUUAACAGAUUAAAUGAGGUUGAAUUCAAGUUAUCAAAUUUUAAUGAGAAAAUUAAUGACGUGAUAGAUUCAAAAGAUGAAUGUGGAUUACUCAAUUAUUAUGGGUCAAUUUAUGGACAACCAACACCACAAAUACCUCCACUUCCUAAUAUUAAAGAAGUCCAACUAUCAAAUUAAAUAUUUACAUAAAUUAAUGAUGUUAAAAAGUUGAUCGGAGGUCUAGAUAUUGAUUGUAAUUAAUGA